AUGUCUACAGUAUCAGAGGAUGAAUGCUAUUCGAACGUAGACAGCAUUGAUCAACUGCGCCAGAUCUGUAGAGAAAGAGAUGUUGUCAUAAAUAAAUUGAAGCUGCUCGUUAUUCACAAGAAUAAAACAAUAGCGGCAUUGGAAGAAGAUGUUAGAACCCUAAAGUCUAAGGUGUCUGCUUUGCAAACUACCGAUAAGGAACUGGAAGAACACGCAAGUUGUGAUUGUCUCCGCGCAGAAUCGAUUGAUGGCUGUGCCGGACUUAGAGAUGAGUUGCUGCGGCUGCAAACUGAGCUGGACCGAAGUAAAAAGGAGGUGGAAACGUUGUCAAAAAUGAAUGGCGACUUACAGAAGGUGCUGACUUCGACUAAACAGGAACGAGAAAUGAUCAAGUCAGAGGUCUCCACACUUACCGCCGAUUUACUUGUUCUAAAUACUGAAAGGACGGAGUUGUAUGAAAUCGCAGCAAAUGCUUCCGAAUAUUCUAACACAGAAGAUCUUUACAAACAAUCUCACCAUCAUCAUACAUUUAUUGUGGCCACGUUAAAAAACCUAGUUGACAUCGUUAAGCGAAAUCAACCUAACCCUGAGGUUCUUUGUGUACUUCAAGGCAUGAAAACUGAAGUCAACAGGUUACGAGGACUUGGUGAUCCAGUCUUCGACAAUCUUGAUGUUGCAAGUUCAGAAGAUUUGUAUCCCCUGUUAAAAACUUGUUUGGCUGCUCUGCGUCAGUGCCCCUCAUCACAAAAGUCUCAACGGUCAUUAAUUCUGCGCAAGGAUAGGGUCAGAUCGUAUUUCAUUGGAAUGAUGCAUAUUUGUGAUGAAUCAAAGGCGAUUAUUAAGGUUUUUACAGAGGCCUUCCUGUGUAAUAUUCAGUCCAUCUUAUCAAUGAUUGAUAAACUGAACUCCUAUUUACAAUAUCGUGGAAGGACUUCCGAUAAAUUGGAUCUUAUUCAAAAAAGUUUCUCUGAAUUGCGACUUGAGCUUGGUCACCUAAAGGAAACUAUUUCUACAGAAAGGGCAAAGUUUUCUGAUGAUGCUGCUACGAUGAUGGGCAGUAUUGCGUCCUCCAUUACCACGGCUAGUCUGUUUGAUUGCUCGGCAGCCCAAGUUUCUUUAUCAAAAGAUGCAGCAAAUCCGAAGAAUGUUAAGCUGAAGGAUGCUUUUUCGAUCUUUCCUUCAUUGCAAAACGACGCAAUGGAAAUGAAGACCUCAGUACGUCAGUGGUUUGAGUCUCUUCAGAUUCAUAUCCGCAAACUACAAAAACUUCAGGUAAAACUAGUGGUCGCAAUAAACAAGAAUCCGGAGCUAUCUUCUCCUCAUCUACUGCCGCAUUACUCUGAAUGUACAAACCCCUGUGACACUAGUUCCCUUGAAUCGUUAUUCACAGAUGUCUGGCAGAUCAAAGACUCGUUGUCAGGUGCGAGGCAUUUUCUGGUAGAGGAAUCCUCGCAGAUCAUGCGUCAUGUAACCGACAUUCAACGUCUCAGGUAUGCUGUAGUUCGUCGGCUCUACAAUCAGGUUGGUAGGCUGCGAGGUCAGGCAGUAGAUAUUCAUAAAGACCUUAGUCAGUUAGUUAUCUUUGUGAAUAAACGGUUUUCCGACUUGUCUAAUCUAACCCGGCAUAACUUAGAGGAAAGCGGACCAAGCCUUAAGAGUCCUGCCACCGAGAUGCUUGUUCGUACCACCACUGAAAACCCACAACGUCAACGCUUCGAAGAUUAUGAUCGUCUUGUGCGUGACAAGGAUACCGAAAUCAACCAACUCCGCGAGUCUUGUGACCGCCUUUCGGAUGAGUGCGAUCGACUUUCCGCCUUGCGGGACGCGUUGAGGCAGCUCUCAUUAGGAGUUAACUCUGCUCCUUUUAACCUUCGCGAGGAGGAUAACGAGCUCUUCUCCAGCGUUGCUUGCCAGCUAACUCAGUCCCGAAUUGCCCAUUUAGAAUUGGUUGAGCAGGCUAAAGCUAUAUCAGAUCUACAGUCCGAAUUAAUGUCAAAAAACGCUUUAUUAGAGGAGGCAGUUUCUCGAGCAUUAGAGGCAGAAGAGCGUGUAGUGGGCAUGGCCAGACUUGAGGAGGAACUGUCCCAGGUCAAGCAACUGCUCCUGAGUUCCCGAAGGGAUGCUGUGGAGGUCGAUAAAUUGUCCGAACGCGUCAUAAACCUCGAAACGGAGCAGGAAAGAUUAAUAAAGGAAUUGGCGGAAUCAGCAAGACUUAGAGAAUCUGCGGAGGCUAUGUUUGCGGCCGCAAGACGAGAAGCAGAUGCACGACUUGAGGAAAUUUCGACCGAGCGCGACAGCUUGUCAAUUAAACUCAACUCCUUGCAACAACAGUUUGAUGCGUACAAAGUUAAGGCUCUCCACGCUUUGCGUAACGGGAAGGAUAAUCAAACUGUCGAUAACACUGCGGAUAUCCCCGAGCAGGCACAAGGAGAUACCGUCUCUUGGCGUUACGAAUGUUCAAACCUGGUUCAGACUGAGGCUUCUCGACUGAAAGAGACUGUUCGGGAACUUGAGCAGUCGCUCUCUGAAAUGGAGCGUCGCUUGCAGACGGUCACGAUCGAGUCUGAAACCACAAAGUUUGCCUUGGCCGAACAAAAGAAUGAAUGCCUUCGUUUGUCCCAGAGCCUUCUCACUGCUCACGCACAAUGGCGGGAGGAGCGUGAGCUUCUAGCGGCCCAAUCAAAAAAUGAGGUUGCCACUCGCAUUUCAGAGCUUGAGGCCUCAUUGGCGGAAGAAAAACGUCAACACGCCGAGCAACUGGCCGCACAAGCUGAGGACUUCAAAUCUGCUUUUGGAGCCAAGAUCGCGGAUUUGCUGCUUCAGCUGGAAAAAGCCGAAGCGAAACCAGUCGCUCAACACCUGGAGCUUUCAGAACAGACCAGGAGUUCACACAGUCCUCAACCGUCAGUAGCGGCACAGGAGCAACUCUGCUCUAGGUGUAACAGCCAUCUCAACUCUUGGAUCUCCGGUCACCCCGCCUCAAGUUGCGGCACUGCAGAUUUGUCUAGACCAGCGACAACAAUGGACCAUCGAAAACCUCAACCACUGGAACAAAUUUUGUUUGGUGAAGAGGAGACUGCCUCUGUUGAUUCACCAGAUUCGGAAAGAAGCGCGCUACUCCAGGCAACCAUCGGGAACCUUCGGUCGCAGCUGGCAAGCGAACACCGCAGCCUUGAGCACACACGGAGUCUGCUUGCAGAUAGUGAGGCUACCGUAGAACGGCUUACUGCUCAAGCUAACAUUCUGAAGGCGGAAAUUCGUCGUCAUGAACGAAACAUGGAACGAGAUUUCCAUCUAGGCUCCGUCAAUAAUCCGUCUUUAGUCAAUACCUCUGAAGGCGCCUCCGCUGUUACGCGGAAUGAGUACCUCAAAAACGUGAUUGUCAAGUUCUUCGAUCUACCUGCAAGCGCGGUGACGGAGAGGUCUUCUUUGGUUCAGGUGCUGGCCACCCUACUGGCCCUGAAUCCUAGAGAAAAGGAGACUCUCCAGCGCUUCGCCCAGACUGGCAACCCACAUGCCAACAAGGCCGACGAAACCCACUCUUGGGGAAGCUACAUUCCUUCCUGGAUUGGCCUCUGA